AACCAGCGCGGUGACUUCAAUCAGAGCCGCCUUGCAAAGUGAAGUUGUCGCUCGCGGAAUACUAUAGUGAUUCUAUUAAAAUGUUAUACCCCUGUGCAAACUCAUUGUGAAAGCCAGACGUUCUGUGUUCCAAAUCUAACCCGUUAUCAGAUAAUGCUUUACUGGGAAUAAAAGAAAACAAUUAAAAAGGCAAGGAUGGAGCUUCCAGUGUUAGACAAGUUCUGUUUCAUCUUCGAUCUGCGGACAGGAUGCAUUGUCAUGGGGAUUAUCAAUUCCAUCCUGACGUUCAUCCUAGCAGUGCUUCUCAUCACGUUCGCAGUAGACAUCCGUGAUGCUUCAGAGAUGAAACGCGAUGACAUUGACUCGGGCAUGUCGUCUGUGGUGUAUACCAUUGUGGUGCUGCUGGUGGUACUGCUGUUUGUCAAGUUCCUGCUGGAUUUGGUGUUUGCGUAUGCUGUUUAUAAGGAAAAAUGCGGCAUCAUGAAGAAGUACUGCAUCUUCUGGAUCAUUUUCCUGGUGCUGUUCAUCAUCGGCUUCCUCAAGACCCUGUUCCACAUGGACGCUGGAUAUGUCAUCGCGCAGAUAUUAUUUUUGGCUGAAAACUUUUACUACAUCGUGGUGAUAAGGAGCUACUUGAUAUCAAUCAACGAAGACGGAGUCCUGUAAAUAGUUCCUUUUAUUAUUAAUAAUAAUAUUACCUAAUAGAAAUAUUAUUAUCUCCUCUAUUAUUGAACAGAAUGAAACAGAGUUGUGGAUGGUUAUUUUUACAUACAUAUGUAUAUUUUUGUUGUGAAUUACAUAUUUAAAACUGCAUGCUCUUAGGGCUCUGAAUAGUGUCCUAGACAAAAAUAAUAUUUUAAAUACUGCCGAUGAAUGUAAGAGCAGUGCUUAGCAGAUGUACCAAUAGAUGGCGUUACUUGUAUGUAGAAAAACAAACAUUGUAUCGAAUAUUAUAUUGUUGAUAUAUACCUCUAGAUAGAAUUAUACAUAUCAGGAAAUAUCUUUCUCAAUCCAUAUGUUUUGCUUACUCAAAAUUAAAAUCAAUAUUCUUUGUUUCGGGAAAGAUGGAAUAAAAUGUGAGUGAAAUUGGUUGUAUAAGAUGUUUGUAAGUGGGUAUCGAUGGAACAGAGUAAAAGGACCAAAGUAUACAGAUGUACUUACCUAUCACUUUAUAAUAAAUACAUCAUCCGUAAAUAUAACGCAUCAGUCCAUAACAUUAUUUUUAUACUAGAUGGCGCUGAAAGUGGUUUUAG